CCCCCCCCCUCAGAGGCCUAGGACCGAUUCAUGGGGCGGUGCUUCGCCUUGCCUGGGAUGAUGAGCAGUUCCAGGUGGUUCUGGUAGGACUUGAGGGCGCGCGCGCAAACGCGCUCUUCUAUUCCUCCAAGAACAUGGUAUGGAAGAAACUCGUCUCUCCCUCACUUCCAGGGAAGGAUCCGUCCAGUGGUCCUCCUACCAUAUCUUUCAGGAAUUCCCCACCUGUGCUAGUUGGAAACUCUAUUCACUGGCUAGUGUAUAAUAGAUUGAGUCUGUCUGAUGUUAUGGAUGGAGUUCGCUUAUCAAAUAGCCUGGCUGCGUUUGACGUUAGCACACAUAAUCUGUCUGUUGCAUGGUAGUAGGUGAUAUAAACAGCAUGACUGAUUAUCAGAUCUUGGCAAUACCAGAAGAGGGCGCUGUCAGUUUGCUCACACUGUCAGGCCUACGUGUGCAUAUCUGGAGGAGGCUUACUGACUGUGAUGCCAACAAUUGCUGGGUCAUAACAAGGAGCAUCGACCUAAAUAUUCGACUCCCAAUUGAUCCACAGAGACACGCGGGGCGUGUAAUCAUUCGAGGGCUUGCAGAGUACAACAGGAUGCUGCUGUUAUCUUCUGCCAGCUGCCUCUUCGCCUUGCAGCUGGAUACAUUUCGUUACGACAAAUUUCGUGACUCUGGCUGCUGGUACCACCCCUUCGAAAGUUAUUGUCGCUCAGAUCCUUCGAUGCAUAUGGCCUGCCCUGGUUCCAUCAAGCCAGAGGAAUACCAAACUGCAAAGGCUGCUCUUGAAGUGGGUUCUUCCUGCAUAUCUGGUGACUCGAGGUUUACUCGUCUGAUGAAGGAGUGUGAUGAUCGUAUUGCUGAGGAGGCUAGCCAGGUUCUAGUCACGACAUUUUCGGAGUCUACAACUGUGGCUACUGCUACGGAGGACCAGGAUGGUGCAAAUCUGGAGAAGACACAGCUUACGGUAGAAAUGCCAAAAGAAAGCCCAAAUACAGAAACAGUUACUGGUGAUGGAGACGAUUCAUAAGAUGAUUGCUUGUUAGAUAUGCUAUUGGACUGGGGCUUCACCAGGUUUGGUUUUGAUAGCUAUGAUGAAGAAACAGGCUGCUAGCUAGGUGUACUUCAAUACAACUCCAACCACACUGCCACGAGAACACAUAUAUACUUUUGCUGGGAUGAUGUACGCUCUGGAGAUUGGCUCUGUAUGUAGCAUGCACUAGAAGAUAUGCAUGAAUUUGCAAGGAAACAAAAUACCAACUAUAUUUGAUGGGGGGACUAACUUGGCCAAUCACUGCAAUACAUAUUUGUAUCUAUUUA